AAUUCUUGCGUGCUGGUGAUAAAGGGGGGUUCGCCAAGUACCUACGUGUAACGUUCUCGAAAAUAGCUACUGUAGUAAGUAUAAGGCGGGAUUGUAUAUAUGAUCAAAGCACCAUCACGAAUAAUGACUACGACGAAGGACCAACUUCCUGACUAGGAUGGAAGGGCUUUCGAUUUUAUCCAACACCUACGUAUUCAUCACCAAAAUGGACUCCUCAACGGACUCCGAAAACCGCUACGUGAUGUGCAAGUGCGGGCACCGCCGCGCCUGCCACGGCGUCCACGGCACCGGCUACGGCACCCACCCCUUCGACCCGGGCUACCUCAUCGACCGCGAGAUGGGCAUCGCGUACGACCUCGUGCAGGACCAGGUGCACAGUUUCCGGAACGGCAGGGUCGGAAGACUGCUUAGUACGACGGGGGAGAUUGAGGGCAACCGAAAUCGAAACGGUGGUCAUGGACACGGCCACGAUCACGGCGAUGUCGGGCUAGGAAUUAUCGACGAGCCGGGCCGUGGACAUUCCCAUCGAGAUGGUCACGGGCGCAGACGAAGGAGGAGGAGCGAGGAGCGGACGAGUCGAGGCCACCACCACCAUAGCCAUCACUCGCAUCAUGAUCCCGGCGAAAUCAGCAUCGUCAUCCACGAUGCUCCUCCUCACAAUCAACAUAUACCCUAUCAUCACCACCCGCACCAUCCUCACCCCCACCACCACCACCACCACCACCGCCCCACCAUCGCCGCCGACCAACCAAUCCUAGACGAAAACAUCUACCCCCUAUGCCACGACCACAUGCGCCGCCACUUCGGCGACGACUUCGCGCAGCACUCGGCCCCCGCGUACAACGCGGCGUACAUGGCGGCGCUGGGGCGCGUGCGGCUGCGGCGCGAGAUGGGGCUGCCGCUUGGGGAGGGCGGGGGGGAGAGUAGUGGGGUGUUGGUGCAUAAUGUGGAGGAGGAGGAGGAGGAGGAGGAGGAGGAGUAG